AUGGAAUCUUACUAUACAUCACCGUCAUAUUAUUAUCAACCAUCAUGUCCUCUUCAUGAUUCUUAUGUUGAUCCUUGUUGCACAUAUCCACCCCAGUCGACUCCAUCCCAUUAUUACCCAUCUUAUGUUGAUCAAUCGUCACCACAAAUUGUUCACUACAAUAACUCAACAUCUCCAGUACAAACUGUUCAUUCCACUAGGCCGCUUAAUUCAACUUUUGAAUUAGCUCCUCCAGUAGGACGCCGCCGUCGUCAACGCACCGUAUUUUCAAAAGAUCAAGUCGUCGUACUUGAUCAAAUCUUUGAAAAAAAACAAUAUCCUGAUAUUCAACUUCGUGAACAACUUUCUCAACGACUCGAUGUACCCGAAGCUCGAAUUCAAGUUUGGUUCAAAAAUCGCCGAAGUCGCGCACGAACAACACAUAAAACAAAAUACUAA